CCACGUGACUCGGGGGAAAUCCGGAACAACCUCCAAAAGCUGCUUCCGUUUUUUCUGAGUGUAAACAAAAUCUCAAAAUGUAAAGCAUAAAGUACACUUGUGUUUUGUUUACUUCAAAGCUCAUAGACCACAGAAAAAUGCAUUCGCAGUUGACCAUAUACUUUUUAUUCUUUCUAUUUGGGAUGGUUAAACAAGAAGACAUUACAGGGUUGAUACCUAUAUCCAGGUGUAGUGACAACAUGCACACCACCAUGUACUUUGCCUGCAAAUUAGAUGACUGUGGUCAGUGGAUUAGCUUCACCAAGUGUCCACCAGAUCAAGUGUCAACUGGGGAAUUGAAUAUGUUGCACAAAAGUUUGCAUUGCCGGGGAAAGCUGGAUGGAAAUGAUUCAAAAAACAAUGGCACACUCAGUCUUUUCUCAAAAUCCUUGUGUACUGAUAGUUUCUAUCAGGAGGAAAUAUUCUGGUGUAGACAUGAGGACUGCUGGUUUUCCUUCUCAGGCUGUGAUGAGAAUGAAACAGAAACAGGUUAUAUUAACUUCAAUACAAAGAGAUUGGAUUGUCGACCCAAAGAGACAAUCAUGGGCAGCACUCCUAAAGUGACAGAUGCUACAUUUUCAUCCGCUAAUCAGUUUGACAAGUUCAAUCAAGCAGCAGUAGUCCACUGCAGCCCCUAUCCCUUGCUGCUCAUGUCUAUCAUAAUUCCUUACAAUAUGAAUUGGGCGAGGAUAGCCCUUUAACCAUACAUGUUGGUUCUUCUGUUUUUACAUCUUUACAUUUUACUGAAUGCAAAGGUUGUAAAUGCUGGUGCUGACAAAUGAGUUAUGGACUUACAGUAUAAAUAUAGUAACUGGAGAAAAUAAAUGCUACAUUUCAUUGUUUAGGCUCCUGAAUACUGUAAAACAUCUAAUGAUUAGAAAGACUUUUUAUGAAACAUAAUUCCUUGGCCAGUAUUCAAGGUACAAAGAAAGUAGCAGGCCACCAUAAGCUAAUUGUAGCAGUGAACUGAUUCUUUUCUUGAUAUGUUGAUGGUCUCUGAUUGGGGAGGCUUGUAAUUGUACACAUUCUUUUAGCACCUUAAUAUGUACAUCAUAUGUGUUUCCUAUAUUCCAACAUGUAGUGUAUGAUGUCAGUACAAGGAAAUUUUGAAAUGUUCAAAUGUAAAUGUUGGGAAAUAAACUGCCUACAUUCAGGGAUUGACAAUUUCUUUGCCACAUGUAAAAAAUGAAUUCUGAUGGGAAAAAAAUUUGCUAUAUGCAUUUGUCCUUGCAUCUUUUUUAUUUGGACUUUUUGAGAAGAAAUAUACAUCGCUGAUGUUGACUACACUAUGUCUUUGAAAGAUAAUGCCAAAUAAAUGUAUUUGGUUGGUACAAUUAAUGUUGUUAUCAAAAUUACUGAACCAUUAGAACGAAAUCUAAAGUCAGAAUUCCCAACUUUAUUUGGUUACAUAAUGUCACAGAAACACCAUAUCAACAUUGGAGCUUGAUGAUGUUGAUAAUGAGCCUGUAGAAGUUAGUUAUAAUGUAAAUCAGAAAUGUGUUUCAAAAACAUUAAUUUUUCUUGCUUUAAAUUUCUUGAAUUCUGAGCUCAUGAUCAACAUCUAUAAAACAAAACUCUUGAUGUUUAUUUGACCUGCACUUGACUUCAUUUGUUCAACAUGUACCAACAUUCUACAACAUGUUCAAUCUGUACCAACAUUCUAAUCUUUCUUUUUCCAAAUGUUUGUAUUUAUUUACCAAAGAAAAUAAAAUAUGAACUGAGAAUGUUUAAAUGUAUUUUUAUUCAUGUUUACACUCAGAGGCUGUGAAGUUGAAAUUCAAAUCAUAUUUCUUGCUUCUGUUUGGAUGUAUUAAGUUAUUAUGAGUCCAUGUUAAGGGACUAACCUUUAUAAUAAAUGAUCAUGGAGCUGAGCUCCAUACUUUGUGAGAUUGUAUGGUUUGUCAAGAUAAGUUGGCAAGUAUCCAUUGUGAAGAUGAAAUUAUCUGGUGCCUUUUUUUUGUGAUGCAUGCACAAACUUUAAUUUUAGCAUCUUUAAAUUUCAAGUUAAAAAAGGUUUGUUUAGCUAGAUAGAACAUCUUCUAUAGGGUAGAUAACUUAAGAUUGAGAGGUUUGCAGACAUGUUUACUCUCCCCCUAGCCUGCUGUUGAUUAAAAAUGUGUCCUAUUCCUCCUAAUUUGACUGAAUUGUGCUGACCACAAAGAUGUUGCCCUCAGUUUGAACUGUACAUUCCAAACUUUCCUUCUGACAAGUUCACUGACUUGGAACAGAAAUUAAAUGAAAUAUGACAUUGAUAUUGUUGAUAAAAUUUGAUGACAUUAACUUUAGUAUGUAAAUUCACAUUAUCUUAGUUGACAUCUUAUUAUUUUUCAAGUUAAUAUUUUCUGAGUUAUUAUUAUCAUGUUUGUUAAUUGAACAUUACUGCCAACAUAUGUCUCUGGCAGCUAAUAUUUUAAAUAUAUAUCUUUGUACAUUAAACAAAAACUCUCCACUGUUUAAUACUGCCCAAACCCAAUGUUUCGUGUUAUGACACCUAUGUACACUGCUGAGUUUGUUUUUGAAAUGUUGGCUCUACCUCUAGCCUGUCUUUUCAUGCUGACAUGUCAUUCAGUGCUUGAGUAUUAAAAAAAAGAAAUGCUGGAUGUCAUCCUCCUGACUUCCACACUAUAAUAAAGGGUAUUGUCUGUGAGAUAAUAGUGGGCACUCAUUAAGAAAAAAUUGGUCAUUAAAGAUGUACUUAUACACCACAUCAUCACAGCAGAUAUGUUAUUAACUUUUGUGAUGUCAAACUUUGAAAUGUUAACCCAGCUCUAGCUUAAGCAUUUCUUUCUUCUGGCUAAAUUUAAAAGAUCUAAAUGGAAUUUUCAAAACCUUCUGUUUUAGUCUCUUAGAUAAUGGAACAUUUAGACAAGUGUUAUUUGGUACUACUAAUUCUUUCUAUGCAUUCCUGCUAGGAGUAUUGGACCACAGGUUUAACUGCUAAACUGUAAACUAAUCAGUUUCCCAGCUCUUAGUAGUAAGAUGAUUGGAUUUGAACAAAACUUAUUUUAAACUAAAUAACAAUAAGAAGUUGUACACUGAUAUCUCACCCAUUUUAUGUUAUAUCUAGGUUAGGGGUAGAGAGGAUGCUGUCCCCACUAUUGUAUCUUACUAUCUUUGCUGGAAUAUGGGGUAGAGUCAGGGUUAUGUAGCAUCAUUGUGUUAGAGAUUAACAAAGAGGUUCAUAAAGUGCCUUUUUCUCAUAUGCAUUUUCUAUUUCAUGUCGUUGUGACUUAAAAGCAGUGUAUUGUUGUGAAAAGUGAUGGGGAAGGAGUUUCUUUUGCAAUUUUUUUUAGGCGAAAGUUUAUAAGUUGUCAAUUAAUUUGAUAGUUGUUUUUUUUUUUAUAUAAAUCUUUAGUUUAUAUCUAAUCAUGAAGUACUAAAAUAUCAAACGAAAUGUUCAUCCUAGACAGACAUAGGUACAUGCUCUGUGUGUACUAGAUGCUGCUAGUGUAAGGCUGUGACUUUAGUAUUAUUGUGACAUAAUCUUUCAAGUGUAUAGAAAUAAUAUUUGUAUUAUUUGAUUUACUUUUGUUUGUCAAUGUAACUUUAUGUUCAAGUCAAUUGAAGUUUAAUGCCUUUAACGAUGAAAUAAAUCACAAUAAAAAAAAUAAUCAUAUAUGUUAACAGUAGAAGUAUGAAUAUACCAGUAAUGAACCAAUAAUAAUGUAUCUAGAGUGGCAGGAUAACAAGAUCAACAAUUAUCAACAACUACAAUGAUUUCCUCUCUCUUUUAUAAAGACCUUUCUAAAAAAAAUCACAAUGACCCUUGACCUUUUCUUUCAGUGCCGUACUUAUUGGAAUUUUCUUCUGCCAUCCAGCAUAUUUGUUAACACUAUUAUAAAUUGUUAGGCUUCUGACCCUAAACUUUAUUUAACGUCUUGAAUGUAGUAUUUUUGUAAAUCUUUUCUAACCUAUUUAAUUAGUUAACUGGACUUAAUGACUGUUAUAUACAAUUUAGGUGCUAAGUGAAAUCUACAUUUUGUGUUAAAUGUAAUGUACCAGUGUAAUUUGCUGUCAAGGAGUUUGACACUGCAUGAUUUUUCUUUCUCUUUGAUUCAUUAUAUUUGUAUAAUUUAUUUGUUUCACAUUUAUAUUAUUUUGAUAAAAUGCCAAAACUUUUGACUGAAGAUUGUAUUGUGAAAGAAAUGAGUUUUGUCAAGUUGAAGAUUUAAACUUUACCAUGUCUGGCAUUUUCUUCAUGAUUUUGGAAAUAAAUUUUUACUAAUUUCUAAAUAAA